AUGGCGCCGACCAGGCCUCACAGCAAAAAUGCCAAGUCCAAGGCGGCACGGCGCAUCAAGAAGCAGCAGCAGCAGCAGUCCUCCAGGUCGCCCAGGCAGCUGCUCGCCGACGCCACGGCCAGCCUGGAGCAGGGCGACGCGGCGGCGGCGGCGGCGGCGGCAGCAGCAGCCCUCGGGGUCGUAGAGGAGGGCGGCAGCGACGCGUCCCAGCAGCAGGCGCAGCUGGCGGCGGCGGCGCUGACGCUGCUGGGCGAGAUCCACCUCGAGCUCGGCGACCCGGACAGCGCGCGCGCCUUCUUCAUGCGCGCCGUCGAAACGGACGGAGGGGAGGAAGGGGUCGGCGGUGGCGACGACGAGGUCGAGGCGCUGCUGCUGCUGGCGGGGGGCGGCGGGGCGGCGGCCGUCAACAGGGCCGAAAAGUUCCUGUGGCUGGCGCAGCUGAGCGAGGACGGCGGCGCCGACUCGGUCAAGUGGUACGAGAGGGGCGCGGGCGUGCUGCGGGCGCAGCUCGCGCAGCUGGACGACAAGUCGCAGCCCGGACAGAGGCGACGCGAGCUGCUGGACGAGGCGAGGCGCGACGUGGGCAGGCGGCUGGCGAGCGCGCUGUGCGCCGUGGCCGAGGUGUACAUGACGGACCUGUCAUGGGAGGCAGACGCGGAGCAGCGGUGCGAGGCGCUCGUGACCGAGGCCACGCUGCUGGCGCCCGACUUCCCCGACGCGUGGCAGACGGUCGCGAGCGUGCGCAUCUCGCAGGGCCGCGCCGACGACGCGCGCGCCGCGCUGCGCCGCAGCAUGGAGCCCUGGGCCGCCGCGCUGCUGGUCGAUGAUGACGAGGAGGAGGAGGAGGAGGAGGAGGAGGAGGAGAAGGUGGUAGCGGCAGCAGCAGCAGCAGCAGCAGCAACGAAAGGAGACAAGGCGGCGCCGCAGCCCCCGCCGUUCCCGACGCGCGUCAGCCUCGUGCGCCUGCUCAUGGAGGUCGAGUGGGAGGACAAGGCGGUCGAGGUGGCCGAGACGCUGGCGCGCGAGGACGACCAGAGCAUCGAGGCGCUGUACCUCGGCGGGUUCGGGCAGUACGUGCUGGGCGAGAAGCUCAACGGCGGCAGCAGUAACAACAACAGCAACAGCGGCGAGGUCGAGGAGGAGCGGCGGGCCGUCUGGCGCUCCGCCAGGCGGUGGCUCAAGCAGUGCCUGGCGCUGUUUGAGGAGCAGGACUACGAGGACGAGCGGCUCGGGGAGCACGCCCGUGAGCUGUUUGCGACGUUGAACAAGGAGCUCGACCUCAAGCCCGAUGACGACGACGAUGACGACGACGACGACGAUGAUGGCUGGGAAGAUGACGAGGAUGGUGAUGAAAAGAUGGAGUGA